AGGACUCGCUGGGCGCCCGGACGCGGAACACUUGGCCCCUUAGAGGCUCCGGCUUCUGAAGCGUGGGAGGCGGAAGAGCCGGCAGGUUGUAGAUUUCGGCCUUGGCCUCAAGGGGUUCCCCCGGGCCAGUACCGCCUAAGAGAGAAAAAGGAGGCACCGCCGCGGGCGGCGGCAGCGACAGAGGGGCGGACCCCCCCCCCCAACCUGUCGUGGUGGCGGGGAGGGGGGUCGGGAGAGGUGUAACACAGAUCACAGGGCUUGAGGAGCUUCCGGGACCGGAUCUCGGAGUAUGGGGGCCUGGACUGGGUCCCCACACAUGGGGAUCCGGAGUCGCCGAGGCCGCCCGGCCCAGCUCUGCCCUAUCGUCAGCCUUUCAGCCGUAGCGCUGCCGGGGCAACCGUGGCGUCUGUAGCCCGGUCCCACUUGAGAUUGAAAGAUAGUAUGAAUGCCUCCGCUCCCUAGACCCUCGCUUCUUCUCUUCUCUUCUCCCUCCGUCCUUCCUCUUUCCUCUACCUCAUCUUUCUUUCCCUGCCUGCCGUCUUCCACUCUCGCUUUCUUUUCCUUUACCCCAUCGGUCCUCGUGUUUUGCCUUCGAUCCCUUUCCUCUCCCUCCAGCUUUUCUCCUCUUCCCUCUCUAUCCCUUCACCCUCCACCACCUCUCCAUCCUCUACCCCUCCCUCCACCCCCUCCCUUCUCCAUCCUCAUCCUCCUCCCCUCCCGCUUUUCUCCGCCCCCGCCCCCGCCCCUAAGCCUCCGCCCCUUAGCCCCCGCCCCCAGCUGCCAGUCCCCAGCAGCUCAGUCCUGCAGUGAGAGUCUUGGGAGUCCAUAGCUAAGCACCAGGAGCAGAGCCUUGCCCGCCGAGCCUGCCUGUCAGCCUCCGACAUGGCUCAGGAGAAAAUGGAUCUGGACUUUGAGCCUGACACAACUGAUGGGAUCGCUCUGAGGCGAUCCAACAGCGCACCCCUAAUUCAAGGGCUCAGUGAACUUUCCCAGAUUUUUCAACCUUCCACAUUUCGAACUCGGAGGAAUAGUACAACAGUUAUGAGCCGUCAUAGCUUGUUGCUGUCAUCCUCACCUAAUCGUAUUCCUAGUAGCAGACUGCAUCAAAUCAAAAGGGAAGAAGGUGUGGAUAUGAUGAACCGAGAGGCUGCGCAUGAAAGAGAAGUGCAAGCAGCAAUGCAGAUAAGCCAGUCAUGGGAUGAGAGCUUGAGCCUGAGUGAUAGUGAUUUUGACAAAUCAGAGAAAUAUUAUUCUCCUAAAAGGAUUGAUUUUACUCCAGUUUCUCCAGCACCGUCACCUACUAGAGGACUAGGAAAGCAAUGUUUUUCACCAUCCUUACAAACACUUGUGAGCAGCAGUGGACUUCCACCAAGUCCUCUUCCAAGUCCGAGACGUUUUUCCAGCAGGCGGAGUCAGAGUCCAGUCAAAUGCAUCAGACCUAGUGUUCUUGGUCCAAUUAAACGAAAAGGCGAAAUGGAGACAGAAAGCCAGCCCAAGAGGCUCUUCCAAGGCACAAGCGAUAUGCUGUCUCCGGAUGCCUCGCAACUGUCUGAUCUCAGUUCAUGUUCAGAUAUUUUGGAUGGCAGUAGUAGCAGCAGUGGCUUAUCCUCAGACUCACUGGCUAAAGGCAGCACAACCGCAGACUCCAGUAGCAUGCUCCAACCCAUGCUCUCCGUUCAUCUUGAUGGAUGAUCUCUCACCCAAGUGACUUACCCAUUUCUGAUUCAGCAUUUUCACUGCUGUUUCCUACGUGAAACAUUUGGCGGGGAACACAGACCGCUUUGAUCCAUACUGAGGAUUAAAGUGUUGCAGGUCUAAACCCUUUCGAUGCCAUUCUUUCCCAGCAUCGCUCCUCUCUACAGUUCCAUUUUGCAACUGUAGUGACCUGACUUGUGUCAUUUUGUUGAUCGAAUAAAUCAAAAUCUCAAAUACUCAUUUUAAUUGCUUAAAAUACACACAAACACACUCAUAUAGUCAUCCUCAGUGCCUAAAAGAGCACCUAUUUUAGAGACCAUACAUUUAAAGAAACUGCGAUCAUAUAUUAUCAGUAAUGAUCCCCCCCCCAGCAGUGCUGAGACAACUAGAAUUUAUUGCGCAUUCUCUUGCUUGAGAGAUUUUUCUGUUCCCUUUCAACUACAUCGUUGCAACUCUCUUUGUUUCACCAUAAUAAAUUGCUUUUGAUGACAUUUAAUUUUUAUUUUCCUCAUCAGCUUCAAGUACAUUAUUUUUUUCCCCUUUCCUGUUUGAGCUGCUUCUCAUUAUUUCUCAUGAAGAGGAAGAAACCUGCACUUUCCUUAUUAUCCAUAUCGCUUCUUUGCUGUCAGAGUGUAAGGAGUGAGGGUUGAUUUUAAGCGCUAAGAAUGCAGAUGGACUGACAGGAUGCCUGGGAUUAGUGGCCAUAGGUUCUCAUGACUUGGCUACCACAGUUGAUGUUUUUCCCCUCCCCCAAACCUAUUACCCUGAGGUAUAUAUAAAAUAUUGUUAAUGUUUCUAGGUGGUGUUAUCAAGGAGAAGAAAUUCCUGCCUUGACCAGAUGUGUGGAGCACCUACAAAUGAAUGAGUAAUGUUCCUUACACACAAACCACUGUGUGUAGAAAAGCAUACACGGAGCUUGGCAGCUUGUCUCGGGUAGCAUUACGAGGCCUAAGGCGCCUUGGGGUACAGUAUUGUGCUGUAAAGGUAGGGUAGAAAAGCGAGCUUUAUGUGUCUGGUUGCCACACACUGUUUCAGUUGCUGCUUUUUCUGAUUACUUUUUUGGUCACUGCAUUUGUUUUGUCCUGUGGUGAGUGGUGCUGCCGGCUGUGUUUUGGUCAUCGUGCUGCCACCAGAGUCAGAAUCCACUUGUUAUUUGUGCUGCCUCAUAGUAAGGGCAGUUUAAUAUCUGCGGAGAAGCUUUUAGGAGCCUGAAAACGUCCAUGUUAUUGUGCAUUCUGCUUUUAAGCAGCUGUUGGAGCUGUGAACAGUGUACACGAUAGUAAAUCUGAGGUGCCAUGAGUUAUUUGGUUUUGAAAAGGAAAAUCCUGAUGGAGCUAUUUAAAAAAAAAUGAAUGUAAUCUACUGUUGUGUUAUUUAUUCAUUUAAAACUGUGUAAAACUGUCUGUUGUGAUAGAUUUCUUUCAGUGUCCAGACAUCGUGGUUGGAUUGUCGAUAUUUAAUAUGUAAAUGUGCCUGCUAGGAACAUAAUAAUACAUUUUCAAAAUGAAUGUUAAGACAUGAAAACUACUGCCUUUGGGUCUUUUGAAGGCAAAGAUCCUUUGCCUUUAAAGAACGAUUUUAAAGAACGAUCGUGUGCUUUGAGGAUAGUCAAACUAGUACUUUUUGGCUUGAAGAAAAACCUGUUCUUAUGAAAUUAUCAGAGAACAUCAGUUCACUUGCAGUAAUUUUUUUUGUAUUACUUGGGUUAUCUAUCACUGGGGAUUGAUGCUUGUAUAACUCCACCAUUGCUGGUGGCUAUUUAUUAUAGAGGGUGAUAGGCAGAGAGAGGGAAAGGGGAUAGAGAGACGGAAAAGUAGAGACACCUUCAUCACUGUUCCACUGCUUGUGAAGCUUCUCCCCUGUAGCUGGGGACUCGGGAUUUGAACCCAGGUCCAUGCACAUGGUAGUAAGCCACCACCUGGCCCUAUUAAAUGGUUCUGUUAUAUCAUCAGAUGUGUUGUUUAUUUUAAAUUGUGGUAACAGCCAUAGUGGCCAUCGAUGACUAUUUUUCAUCCCUCUUUUAUCUGUACAAAGCUCAUAAUCCUUCAAGCCUAACAUAAAUGUAUAUAUUAUGAAGAUUGUUCCCUAGCAUGCCAUUUUAAAGACAAAACUGCUUCGAUGGUCUUUUGUGUAUUUAUUCUGUUUGUGGAAGAGCCACGUUAAGCUGUUGCUGCCUAUAUAAAACAGAGAUUGUCUUAUCUCAUGAGAUAUUUAUCCACCUUCACACUACUGCUGUCUUUGCCUUAAAGGACAUUUUUGGCCAUCAUUUUUGCCUCCAGUCUAGGAGUCUUGAGAAAUAACCUUUGGGAUAUAAUGCUAUUUACAUUUAUUUUUGAAAUUCAAUGGCAAGGUAGAAUUGGACAGAAAAAUAACAUCUCUCCAGUGUUAUGAAAGCCAGGAGGCAAGAUGAUUCACUUUAUUAUUUAAACCAAGAUGCAUUUUUAUUUUUCAAAUUGACUAGAAAGUUAAGUUUAUGCAGGGAUUAUUUUGAAAUAAAAGACAGAGUUGCUAACAUUCAGAUAAGCUUUGUUGACAGUACUCCUUUAUUUUUAUAUGAAGUCUAAUAUUUAAAAAGUGAUAAUUGUUAUAAAGUAAAAUUCUCUCUUCAUAUUCUAAUAGAUUAAUUUAAAGCUUCUGUUUGGAAACAAGUACAAGAGAUGAUACAAAAAGAAAAUCCUAUAGAUGCUCUUUCUGCUUGGCUGACAUAUAUCUCUGUUUUAUGAUAACUGUUUUUGGAAUAAUAGAAAGUUUUGUGAAAUUCUGAUCUUGUGUAUAUCUUAGAAGGCGAAUUUAAUAAAGUGUGUACACAUGCAUAAAAUUCUGUCAUUUUUAAGUCCA